AUGGCUCAGCAAGUUGUAACAACCAACAAAAAGAGCCAGUCUAAUGGCCCCGAUUACAAGGCCAUGCUCGAUGAGGCCGCUUCUCGGAAGGAGAGCCCUCCGCAUGAGGAGGAACAGAGCCCCAGUAUUAUUGACAAGGUCUCACAGUACGUCCCCGCCGUAGGAAAAGUGCUCGGGAAGCAGGAGAAGAAAUUAGAGGGUGGCCCGUCGUCGGCAGACACAAAUAAACCGGGGCCGCCAGAUCGACCUAUCCAUGACACGCAGAUCGAAGAGUUCAUCAAGGGCCAACAUCAGAGCAAGAAGGUCGUCGGUAUAGAGGAACCAACGCAGGAAUAGACCAUUGCCCAUGUCAUCCCCAAAAUCAAGUGAACCGUCCACACCGCGCAGGCGGCACGGCAGCCCCAGCUGACGUCUAGUUUUCCAUGUCCUUGCAUCGGGACCUAUUACGAGCUGGGAAUCCCACCGAUGUGUUGUACGACCGUGACGCCGUGAAGGAAACGUCAGUCCGGAGGCAAUCAAGUACCCCGUUUUAGAUCCGAGCCGCCGGUGGUCAACCCGAACGCGCUUGAUCGCGUCAAAAUCCAGGUGAUCGUGAAGGCUUGUCUCCAAUCAUUCAGCAUUUCACACCCACAUGAAUACUAGGUGAGAAACUUCCUAUCAAGGAGGUCCAUCUCCGAAGGAGAUCUCAUUGAGAUCUGGCAACCUGACACCGUGGGAUACUAGUGACGGUCGUGGCAUCUUCGUGAAU